CUAGUCUAUCCUUUAGCUUUCAAGACCCCUGUCAUUAUUUCAAGAUCCAAAAUAAUUUUCGAUGGUUUGCACAAAGUUGUUGUGGAAAGCUUGCGAUAGCCGCAACACUCUAAAAUCAGUCGCAAAAUGUCGUCGCGCUUCUCGAUCCAGAGACCGCAUGUCAUUGCAUCCUUACCUCAGCCCAUUGACAGCACGAAUGGGUGUAAUGUGGUCGGUGAGGUGAUAAGUGGCGGGGUUGGCACAAAGAAGCGGAAACGAUCUGAAUUGGCUGUAGGGACUGAUGGAGAAGGUUUGAGUCUUUACGAUAUUUCCUCAAGCAAGUUAAUUACGUCCUACGCGCUUCCUCCACAGUCGUCCUUCACUUGCCCUCCAGUAUCCGUCAGAUCAAAGAUUUCCAAGAACACUAUCGAGCGCAGAACCUAUGUCUCAACGAGAACAUCAAAUGCCGAACUUACAUUAUUUCGAGAAACGAUUUCAGGCUUGUCUACCGAAUCCUCCACGAUAAAUCAUUCUUUGACAAGCUCCUCGAGUCAAGUUGUGUUCUUGGGAACAAUCGGCGCUUCAAAGGCGCUAGAAGCUACAGCCGCCACAGUCGAUGUCCUUUCUGUGCACGAAGAUGGAGAGAUACGUUGCUUUGAUGGUGAUUCCUUGCAAGAGAGAUGGGUCUCGCCCUCCACAGCUCUGUUCCGAGAAGCUCCACUUCACCCGAAAGAGACGAAGGUCGAGUUUGCCCAGCUUACCAACGCACAUACUGCCAGCCAAGGCAUUCUCAAAGGGCGACAAGAUGUCUUCGCUUUAUAUCCUCAAGAGAUCAGUGUGAGCGGUUUCAACCCAGCAAUCUUGAUUGUUAUAACCAAAUCUACCCAAGAAGCGGCGGCAAUUCGAACUUUACAUGUUCUCAGCUUGCCGAGACGAGCUGCUAUCCAUACCAACGGCCUUCAACAGUCGGUUGACUCGUUGCUUGCUGCCGAAAUACCCUCUGCACCAGGAACGGAAAAUAUUGGUGGACCGCCAACAUUCAGUCUCCAGGCUGCUUCUGGAGUACUGCAACAACUACGAAACGAGACCUUAACCACAUUUGAUCUCAGCGAUACCUUGCCAAAGGAGCAGAACAGACUCAAGAUUGCAGGAGGGCAGUCAUUUCUACGGCUAUCAAGUACCUCUGUUCUGGUCUCAUCUCCACACUCCAUGACUGUUUACAACCCAAAGUACCAAUCUACUUUGGCAACGGUCGAGCUGGAUGCAGGAGGUUCUUCUGAAAGUCGGAAGCGAAAACGAGAGAGCAUGGAUCAGAGCAGUACAGUUCAAAGGGAUCAAUGCAAGCUCGUUGGCUAUUUCCCUAGACUUGCCGUGGCAAUUGCGAUACUGGGCAACAAACUAGUUGGACUCCAAGUUGAGGGUCACCAAGACCGCCAGGGAAGGCUUCAAACUGCCGGUCUUUUGAUCGACUCCAUCGGUCGCUCUUUUAAUGGCCAUAUGCGGCCUACGGACAAUCCUGGCGUCACCAAGAUAAAUAAUAUAACAACGCUGGGUCAUUUCCUACCAACUGGUUAUGAUAUACCAUGGGCCGACCAGACAAGCGAGCUCGAAACCUUAUUUCGAAAAGGCGAGUGUGAUGAAGCGUUGUUCGAUAGUAAGAUAGCAUCUCAUCUUGGUAUGGACGGCACAGGAGAACCCGAAUUGGGUCAGACCAAUGGAUCGAGCUCACCAACCGAGGAAACACAUAAUCCCGUACCCAACACCAACAUAUCCACCAAAGAACGCUUAUCCCCUUCGGAUAUUGACAGACGAUGGGUUGUAUACGCUCUAAGUAAGAUGUUUAAGUUUGUAGAGGACGACGCUGGUGAAAGUAGGCUUUCAUUAUCCUUCUAUCCACCAGACACUUUCAUGUGGCUUCUUACCAAUGGUUUCAUGACGAUUGCAAACAUAGAAGCUGGUUUGAGAAUGAGCAAUUCUGCCUUCAAGUCACUCCCUGAUGGCUGUCUCGUGGACAUGAUUGUGGACACGGAUCGAGACAUGGAUCUCUUGCUAGUUCUUGUCGCGAAAAACUAUCUAGGAGCUGCAGAACUACUUCACGUCAUCCGCCACUUGAUGGAAAGUCUCGGACUACUUGGAGAAAAUCCCAAUACGAAACAAGGGCUCCUUGAAAACGGGGAAGACUUUGAAAUCCCCAAUGGAGAUGUAGAAAAGCAAUUCGAGCUGCUCGAAGCUGAGAUGGAGAAUGAUCUGGAGCUUGCAGAGUAUCGAUUAGGAGCUGGGUCUGGUACUCGAGGCCAUGCCUUGAGUCAAGCACUUUCGAAGUUAUAUGCGCGCCCAAGCACAGAUAUCGUCCGGGCCCUUCAAACGACAUUUUCUAGUCAGGAAAUCGUAUGUCUGAUUUAUCUGUUACGAUUCGAGCUUGCACGCGGAGCUUGGACCACAAAAUACACCGAGACGACCGAGUUCGAUGCCGCAGACGAGGAGACAGCGCAGCAAGACAAUGCAAUCAUUCUCCUCUCAGGCCUACUGAACAACUGUGUGGAUGCCAUUGGUGCUGGUGGGUGGUUGUCUGGAGAGGCGAGAUUAGUGGAUGGGGACCCUUUUGAGGCCGAAGAAUUGAUAUCGAGUUUGAAGUUAGAAAUCAGUGCUGCACUCGAGGGCAUCGAGGAGGCUGUCUACCUCAAAGGACUAACGUCAGAGAUGAUCAGAUAUGGUGAUGCUGUCGAGGCAGCUCUUCCAAACUCCAUCCAACCAACUCACGUACCUGUCAUACUUCCCCCGACGAGUGAGAACACCAAUUUCUUGCCAGUGGGACUCAAGGUUGAGAAGCCGAUCGCUCUUAGUAAGGUGGGAGUCGGAGGAGCAGUGCACCAACGUACCAAGAGAGAUAUCGGUUAUCUCAAGAGUCAGAAAGUGGGGAAGUAUUCUCGGGAGAGAAUACGGGUCUGAUAUUUUCUCGCUGAUGAAUAAAAUGAC